AAAUGCUUAGCUGAUGUGCUCUAUUCUGACUUGCCUUCAGCUCUGUUAGAGCAGAUAAAGCUCUGCAGAGGAGGGGUGGAUGGAUUCGGCACCGUUGUCCACCCUGAAGGCACAGCUGCUGGCAAAGCAAACUCCUCUGCCCUGGCCGCGCUGUGGGGCAGAUCUCCAGCUCUAGGUUUUAGGAUAAACAUCCCACAGUUGCCAAGUGCUGGUCACGUCGGUCUGGUUGCAUGCAUUCAGCCUUGCCAGUGGCCAUCAAUUGCGUGGGCUGUGCUUUUCUUCAGGUGUGCCUGAGUGGGAGGGAAGAGAAUGUGGUACAGCUGAGGAGUAAUUUAAUAUAUGCAUUUGUGUGGGGGGUAAAUGUGCAUAUAAUCCUGUAACAACGCAUCACAGGCUUGGAAAAUCUCUGAAAAAUCCCGGGUCGGCUGUGCUGUGUGAAAUUUUAGCUUCUCUCUGCCUCUUAACACUGGCCUGGGGUUGGGAGCCUCUGUGUUCCUUUGCCAUUAAUGCUCGAUUGCUCCCAGGUGCAUGAGCUGCGGUGGGACAUGCGGGGACUGUGUUCUGUCCCUGCCUGAGAUCACGAAGGGGCUGACGAGCAGGAGGUGUUCUGGUACGAAAUGGAAAUGCAGGCAUAAGUGAAAGCGAGGAAAGUGUCUGCAUCCCUGCCUCGCUUUGCUGUAGUCAGGCCACGUUGCUGGGCGUUGUGUGGAGCUGCUGGAGCCUUCACCUGUUUUACACGUCUGUCCCCUCCACUGAAAGAAGUCUGUGCCUCGCCUGGAAUUCCUCCUCCUGCCUGGUGUGUGACCCCUGCCUCCUCCCAGCCUGGUGCCAUGGCCGACACGAUUUUUGGCAGCGGGACGGGCCAGUGGGUGUGCCCCAAUGACCGGCAGCUGGCUCUGCGUGCCAAGCUCCAGACGGGCUGGUCAGUGCACACGUUCCAGACGGAGAAGCAGAGGAAGAUGCAGGCUCUGAGCCCGCAGGAACUCGAGGUCAUUCUGGAAGUCAUCCGCAAGGCAGAGAAAUUGGACGUCGUCGAGCAGCAGCGCAUAGGGCGCCUGGUGGAGCGGCUGGAGAACAUGAGAAAGAACGCGAUGGGAAACGGCCUCUCCCAGUGUUUGCUCUGCGGGGAGCUGCUCGGGCUGCUGGGGAGCACCUCGGUCUUCUGUCAGGACUGCAAAAAGAAAGUUUGUACCAAAUGUGGCAUAGAAACCUUUGGAACCCAGAAACGUCCUCUUUGGUUGUGCAAGAUCUGCAGCGAACAGAGAGAGGUUUGGAAGAGGUCUGGCGCGUGGUUCUACAAGGGGCUGCCCAAGUACAUCACGCCUUUGAAGAGCAGCAGCAAACCCACCGAGGUGCACUCACAGCCUCGGCAGAGCGAGCCAGCCGUGUCGGAGGCUGAGGGCGUCGGGACCAGCCGUUCCUUCACCUGGGCCAGGGGCAAAGUGGUUUCUAGUGACAGCGAGAGCGACUCGGAGCUCAGUUCCUCCAGCCUGGAUGAGAAGCCCUCGCCUGUGGGGUCAAAAGGCUCGCAGGACAGAAAGCAGCAAGCAGGACUGGCACCCAGUGGGGAGUCCAGCCGGCCCGCGGGCAGGGUGCUGGCAAGCACCCACCCCCCUGCCCUCUCGGGGAGCUGCAGCGGCCUGGGCAGCGAGCAGGGGGCUGCCCUCAGCGCCACCGAGAGCUGCCAGAGCGACCACCCGCCGGAGGGGCACGACAGCGACGUCGGCAGCAGAGUCCCCGGCAAACGGUACGUUCACACCAGAACCCGCUGCUGACGGAGGUGAAGACGGAGCUGCUUGCCUGGAUCCAACACUUGCCCACUCCUUUAGACCUCACUCCAGACAACAACUGCCACCAGCAGGGACUUCUUUGACGCUGGCUCUUGUACAGACAUUAGCAGCACCUGGGGAAGUGCUGGCCUGUCCUCCCUGCCUUGCUGACCUGAUUUCUGGUUUGGUUUCGUUUGGUUCCCCUCCUACCCGUGACAUAUGCUGGGAGAAGGGUGCCGUGCCGUGGGGCCCAGCUGUGUGUCUGCUGGAAGGGGCAAAGUGCUCACUGGGGCUGAAGAAAUGUGUGCUGCUUCUUCUGGCCUGCCAAACUCAGCCCGGGGUUCUGCUCCUGGCCUCACAGUCCUGGCUUUGAUUUCUUCAGGGGAAAGGGGAAUUCACCCCGUGCUCCUGAAAUAGGGUGUGAGGAGACCACAGCCCCUGUAGUGCUUCUCACCCAAGGGUGAUUUUCUCUCUGUGAGCCCCGAGGGUGAGAGGGGGCUCUGAUUUGCACUAGACUCCAUGUGCCUGGGUUGUCACUCCUUGUAUGUCUUGUCCUUGUUGUUCUGGUUUGAGGUGGUACGGGUCUGGUGGAGGCAUCCCAAACGAGCUGCUGAAGCUGAGCUCCCUUCCCCUGAGGUAUCCCUCCCAGACAGGGCUGUCUGCUCAGGGAGGCACUUCAGUGAGUAAAGAAACACCUGGAGACGUUUGCAAUGACUUUUUCAGUCCUCCUGGCUGCGUGCUGGCCUGUGUGUCCUGUGACAAGGGUGAUGCUUUGGUGGCGGGGUCAUGGGCAGUGUGUGCGCUGCGGCUCUGGGUGGGAGAACGCUUACCAGCCCACGGCCAGCUGGCUGCCUUCGAUUACCCAAGUCAGCUAAAAGCUUUCCAAUUACUUUAUCUCGUUAAGCUCUGCAGAUUCUCCUCCCACAUGCUCACCUUAUAAUCUGUUGCAUGAGCAGGGGCCUGCAUUUUGCCAUUUUCCUGGAAGUCUUGAGCAUCUGGCCGGCCGUGAUGGUGUCAUGAUGAGUCAGGCUGUGGAAAGCUCUGUGCCCAUGUCCUGCUUCUUCUCCAGGAUGGGCAAUUUCCCUCCAAGGCCUGGCAGAUGAGAACAAUCAAAUUAGCUGACAUCUCCAGAGCAAUUAGAUCUUUAGAGGCUUGAACGAAAACGCACGCUAGGCAAGUGGGAGUCUGUGGAUUUUUAUUAAAUGCUUUGGAUCUGACCUGUGUUUUGCUGAAGAAAUGAAGGAUUCCAAAAAGUCCCCUCCGGAGUCGUGGAUUUAAAAGCAAUUCAUGCCUGUUAAUGUCAGCCUGUUCCCUUGGUUAUUACUCUUUUGUUCAGCUCUCCUUUGCUGCUGGGUGCUUUGUGUGCAUGUAGUAUAUGCUCUUACAAAUGGCUGCAGUAAGAAGAUAAAUGAGAUUGGGCACUGGAAUGCUCUAACAGGAGAUUGGAAAUCAAUCCUUGACUUUCUUUCUAAAUGAACACGGUCCAACAGAGCACUGCUCCUGUACUGCUUUUCCAGCUAACACACCAUGGCAGGUUGCUGAGAAAAUCUUUCCAGCUCCGUGAUCUGCUUCUGCCCUUUGACAAGCGAAAACAAAGCCUUUGGAUGAUGUGGGCUCCUCGAGGUGGCCUAAAGAGAAGCCUCUGAACGUGGGUUUCACACCGUCAGUGUUGAAGAGAGCAAGGGAUGAGCUUGUUCUCCACGGAGGGGUGCUUCUAGUGUUGUGGUCUGUGUUGUUUAAACCUGGCCAUCGAGGCUCUGAUCAGCCACAUUGCUGAAAGGGGUGAUGUCAAAAUUGUUAGCAGUUUCUGAAAAAUUAAAAAAGUCAGCUUUUCCUGAAAUGCUGGUAUGAUUUCAGAGCUGAAGUCAUGCUGUUUCUUCUGAGAGUUGCAGGGUCUUCAAUUUCAGAAGUGUGCUGCCACCAGAAAAAUCCUGUGCUGCCUUAGAGCUUUUGACAGUCCUACUGAGGCUCUCUUGCUCUGUCAUUGCCGCUGUGCCUGAGACAGUCUGGUCUGCCAGCCUAAGUUAAUUCUUUAAAAGAAGGAGAAGGAAAAAGACACUUAAAAAAAAUGAUUCUAUUUUCUUAAAACCUGUUACUUUCUCAUCAAAAACCCUACACUGAGUCGGAGAGAGUUUUUAAAAUUGAACGCGUCAUUUCUAGCUCUCCUUGUGUUUCUUAUGAUUCAUUCCUGGACAGUGCAGGCAGGUUAGUCAUAUUUUCACCCUCAUCUUCACUUCUUAGGUCUGUUUACCAAGCUGUGGGUUGCCAGCUCUACACAAGAACCUGUUCAUCUCUGCUGGCUUACUGUGCUGCUUUAAGGCAUGGUUUUGAUUUUUUACUGAGACCAAGUUUUACAAAACAGAUUAAUUUGGGACUGCUAUUUUGUACCAGCAAGACUAGAAAUGAUGCUUUCUUAUCUCUAUAUUUUACUUCCAUGGAGUAAUUCCACCUGAGUUUGAACAGAACCAUUCUGCUGUCUAUGGAAAAACUCCCUGUGGGUCAAGGGAAGUCUCUAGCCCAGGAGAAUGUGAUCUAGCCACAUUCAAAUGUGAUAGAUAAACGUACUUAGCUCUGUGCACAUAUUUUCUAUUAAAGAUCUCCUUUCCCUUUGUUGCAUCUCUCUUGGUUGUGUUUUGUAGCUUUGGUUGGAAUAUAAUCCUAAACCUGCACCAGUUGACGGCCUUUUCACUUGGCUCAGGGUGGGCAAGAAGGGCUCUGUGUGCUCAGUCUACUCUGAUCGUUUGUGUUGCUUUUAUUAUUUUGUUGUUCUCAUUCUCCAUCCCUUACAACUUUUAUGUAGUGUUUUACUACGGGAAACAAUAAAGCUUUGGCUC